AUGGGCAGCGAGACGCUAGACUCAUACCAUCUCAACUUUGCGCUCGACGCCUUCAAGCUGUCGCUAGAACCGGUGGUAUCCUGCCGCCGCUCGCUGCCACCGCAGGACCAAAAGGCGUUCCUGCUCCUCCACCACAAGCGAUGGUUCACGCUACGCCGCUUCGGCAAGCACUGGAUCAACCUGAGCGACCGGGUGCCGCGGCCCUGCCAGAUCCUGCCCGCGCACCUCGCGCUCUCGCUGUCGCAUCUGCAGCAGGACGGGUGCGUCGCGUACGUGGUCAAGGGGGACUUGCCCGCGUGCACGGCGGACGCGGCGUCGUUGUUCGACACGCACUUCCAGUGGAACCUGCGGCCCGUGCGGCACGACGACGGCGAUGACGAUGAUGAGGACGAGGACGAGGACGAGGACCCCGAUGACGACGCCGAGGACCCCGACUCCCACUUCGCGUACGGCCCGUGCGGCGGCGAGGAGUGCGACAAGGUCGGGGUCUGCGUGUGCGGCAGCGACGAGGAGGGCGCGGACGAGGGCGAGUUGGACGACGAAGACGCGUUCGCGAGAGACUUGGAGGCCGCUAUCCGGCUGAGCUUGAUAGACGCAGGCGCGGGAAAGGAGCUCUGCAUACGCCGCAAGUCGCCGUCUACCUCGGCUGUUUCCGAGGAGUAG